CUCCUUUAUGUCGCAAAAUCGAAACUGCGCCUGUUUAAUAAAUCCCAGCAGUAGCCUUUUUAAAUUGUAGAGGGUUUUUGCACUUGUUCACAAUGUUCGCAAAAUAACAGCGCGAAAGCUGUGACAUUCAGUGCGUCUCCGUGGGCUCUCUUCUCUGAAGUACGCUAUAUCGAACUUCCGCCUGAUUAGAUCUGGCUGUGUGCGGUCGGUAUUUGGAGCUGCUCCCUUGUUUUUCCACAGCCACGGAUCUCCCGUUAAUGCGAGUUUAGAACGACGCCACUGGGGUAAACCAGCUUGUGACCUCACUGAGGCUUGUUUUGUGUCUCCCCUCGGUCUUCAACCAGGGAUCCUUCGCGGUGUUAUAGAAAGGACAACCAUCUUUGACGCAGACGUCUACGGGAUAUUUCUCAGGAUGGCAGUUUUCAGCUUACUUCUGUCUUUGGCUGCUCAGACGCUAACUUUUCUCUUCUUUCUGCUCGUCGUUGUGUUUCUCGGAUACUGCUUGUAUGUUAAACACAUUCAUAUGAAAUAUGACCACAUACCCGGCCCACCGACGGACAGUUUUCUCUUCGGACACUCAGCAUCGCUUUUGAGGAUAAUGAAAAAUGGCGGAAAUAUGCACCAGAAACUUCUGGAGUGGGCGGAUGAGUAUGGGCCUGUCUACAAGAUAUAUGCUCUGCAUUACGCUGUAGUGUGUGUGUCCUGUCCCGAGGCAACAAAGCAAAUAUUGAUGUCCCCAAAAUACCCCAAAGAUAAACUUGUUUAUAAGAGACUUGCCAACCUGUUUGGUCAAAGGCUCUUAGGCAACGGCCUGGCAACAGCACGGGAUCAUGAGCAGUGGUACAAACAGCGCCGGAUCAUGGACCCUGCAUUCAGCAGCCUGUAUCUGAGAGGUCUGAUGGGAACCUUCAAUGAGAGGGCAGAGAAACUGAUGGAUAAACUUGCAGAUGUUGCCGACAGUAAAACAGAAGCUAAUAUGCUCCAGCUUGUCAACUAUGUUACCCUGGAUGUUAUUACUAAGGUUGCUUUCGGGGUGGACUUGGACCUGCUGAAGAACACUUCACAGUUCCCUAAAGCCAUUGAGACAUGUUUGAAAGGGAUGGCUCACUACAUUAGAGACAACUUUUUCGAGUUUAAUCCAAAGAACAGAAGAUACAUUAAUGAGGUGAGGGAAGCGUGCCGCCUGCUGCGCAAAACUGGAGCUCAGUGGAUCGCUGAGAGAAAGGCCGCCAUUGAAAACGGUGACGAGGUCCCCAAAGACAUCCUGACACAAAUCAUCAAAACUGCCAACCAAGAGGAAAUCAUGACUGAAGAAGAUGAGGAAUUUAUGCUGGACAAUUUCGUGACAUUCUUCAUUGCCGGCCAAGAAACAACAGCCAAUCAGCUGGCUUUUUGCAUCAUGGAACUCGGAAGACAUCCUGAUAUACUGGAGAAAGCGAAGAAAGAAGUGGACGAUGUUAUUGGGAUGAAACGUGAAAUAAGCUACGAUGACCUGGGCAAGUUGGUCUACCUGUCACAGGUGUUAAAAGAGACUCUAAGAAUUUACCCCCCAGCUCCGGGCACGUCUCGUGAUGUUGCUGAAGACAUGGUGAUUGAUGGUAUCCACAUACCCGGGGGAUUUAGCGUUGUUUUCAGCUCCUAUGUGAGCGGGAGACUGGACAAAUUCUUCGAGGAUCCACUAAAAUUUGAUCCAGACAGAUUUCACCCAGAUGCUCCCAAGCCUUAUUACUGCUACUACCCCUUUGCCCUCGGUCCUCGCUCGUGUCUGGGACAGAACUUUGCUCAGAUGGAGGCUAAAGUGGUGAUGGCCAAACUGCUCCAGAGGUUUGACUUCACUCUCGUCCCGGGACAGACCUUUGACAUCCUGGAUGCUGGCACACUCAGACCAAAGAGUGGAGUGUUGUGCACUUUGAGUCACAGGGAUUACAAAAAUAAAAGAUCUUAAAGGACUUUACAUAAAAAGAAAUCAUAGUGGUCUAUAGGGUAAAACUGUGGUGAUCUACUCCUACCUAAAAGCUGUGAUUAAAAAAAUAAAUCGUUAUAA